AGGAUCAUCGAGGAUGCCCUACGCAUGAAAAAAAACUCAACACACCUCUGCUCCCGAGCCCCGACCCCGUCGACGCCGCCGCUCCCUCCCGAUCCCGCCGCCCCGCCUGCCGCCUCCUCUCCCCGCCGGCGUCGCCCCCGCUCCUAACACUCCCGAAAGCUACAAGGACUAGCCUUCUCUUUUUGCCUCGUUCUUCUCCUUUUCCUCCCUCCCAGAGUAGCAAGUUCCGCCACGAUCUCCCCCGAAGAAACCCUAACCCUACAGCGAAGGGACGAGGAGGCCAUGAGGGGGAAGAAGCCGGUAAAGGAUCUUAAGCUAGCCGUGCCGGCGCAGGAGUCCCCCGUCGACAAGUUCCUGACGGCGAGUGGUACAUUCAAGGAUGGUGAACUACGGCUUAAUCAAAGAGGCUUGCGGCUUAUCUCCGAAGAAAAUGGGGAUGAAAAUCAAUCAACAAACCUGAAGGUGGAAGAUGUGCCGUUAUCUUUGGAUGAUCUUGAGAUGAUUCAAGUCAUUGGUAAAGGAAGUGGUGGUGUUGUCCAGCUAGUGCGGCACAAGUGGGUGGGGACAUUGUAUGCCUUGAAGGGUAUUCAAAUGAACAUUCAGGAGGCAGUGCGCAAACAAAUAGUACAAGAGCUCAAAAUAAACCAAGCAACACAGUGCCCACAUAUAGUUAUGUGCCAUCAAUCUUUUUACCACAAUGGUGUCAUAUAUCUUGUUCUUGAGUACAUGGAUCGUGGAUCUCUUGCGGACAUCAUUAAGCAAGUGAAGACAAUUCUGGAGCCAUACCUUGCGGUACUUUGCAAGCAGGUCUUGGAGGGUUUAUUAUACCUUCAUCAUGAAAGGCAUGUGAUUCACAGGGAUAUAAAGCCAUCUAACUUGUUAGUCAACCGUAAAGGUGAAGUAAAGAUUACUGAUUUUGGGGUAAGUGCAGUGCUAGCAAGUUCAAUGGGUCAGCGAGAUACGUUUGUUGGAACCUACAACUAUAUGGCGCCUGAGAGGAUCAGUGGAAGCUCUUAUGAUUACAAGAGUGACAUAUGGAGUUUGGGCUUAGUAAUUCUUGAGUGUGCCAUCGGCCGGUUCCCCUAUAUACCUUCAGAAGGAGAUGGUUGGUUAAGCUUCUAUGAACUACUGGAAGCAAUUGUUGAUCAGCCACCACCAUCUGCACCUGCAGAUCAGUUCUCUCCAGAAUUCUGCUCAUUUAUCUCCUCUUGCAUACAAAAGGAUCCAGCAGAGAGGAUGUCUGCUUCAGAACUCUUGAAUCACCCUUUUAUCAAGAAGUUUGAGGAUAAGGAUCUAGACCUGCGAAUUCUUGUCGAGAGCCUGGAACCGCCGAUGAAUAUACCCGAGUAACAUGUCAUUAGGAGGGAUGAGGCUUUUGCAAUGUAGUUGCGGUCGCCCUCUUGUCCUAUUGAUAUCAAGCACAUAUUUCUCCUGAACUGCAACAUCUCCCUACAUGAAGCUGUGUGUAUGUUAUUGAACAUGCUAGAAAACUUUCCCAUCAUUGUAACAAACAAGGUGUUGUGUUUCUUAAUAGAAUUCUUCUUGCGCCUAG